UUAUACAAAAAAAUUCUAAUGACGUCGUUUAUGACAAAAAGCUCUUAGAACGACACCGUUUAAUAUGCAAACUGUAAACAAAAACCGACAGACAAAUGGUGGGACGCUACAAGUUAACUGCAAAAAGAAAAAAAAAAGGGAUGCUGAAACUGCUGGUGCUGAGGGGCGGUGGUUUCUGAGAGAGGAUGAGUGAAAAUUGUGUCCUUUGAACAAAAAAGGAAAAACAUUUCGUCUAGAUUAUAAACCCCUCUUGUAUAUCCAUUUAAUUUUCCCUUGUGUCCACUGUUUUUGAGCAAAAUGUGCAGAAGAAUGAGCUAGUAAUGGCUGUGGCAGAAGCAAGAACCGCUUGGCAAAGAGCAGUUAAUCGAUGUUUGGUCCAGGAAGAUGCUAAAAGAGCUCCAAAGUUGGCAUGCUGCUCAUCAGCAUCACCCUCAUCGAAACAGGUUGAUACUGGACCUGCAAAUGGUGCUGAUGCACAAAAUCCUUCUGGCACAUGCUUCCUGCCUUUUGACAGGAACUCUUCAUAUUGUGAUUUAUCCCCUAAUUCAAGAUGGUGGCUGCAUCUUCAACCUAAUUAUGGGUAUCAAAAAGGCUUAGUGAGUGAACUGGUAGAUUCUAUUGAAGCAGAGAUGGAAAAUAUUGGACCAGUUUUAGAUUCAAUCCCUAAAUAUAACAAGUUGUAUGAUCAGAAUGAAGCAGAUAGUAUUUGUGUGGAUAAAUUUACUGUAGGUGGAUCGCUAGAUUCUCAGGUUACAAGAUCCGCAAGCUAUGUAAACAGUGACUUGGGAGUUGGAAGCAAAGAACUGACAGAUGUGUUUACUGAGAUUUCCAAGGAUAGUCCUAACCUCGAGGACACAGGGUAUCCCAAUGAAGCGAGUAAGAAAGGUCUGGUUGAUCUCACAGUCGGUAAGCAGAUAGAUGAGCUUUCAUUUGAUACAGAAUAUCCCUGGAUUGGUGUUGCGAGAACAGAACCAUGGUGGCGAACUGCAGACACAGAGGAACUUGCUUUAUUGGUUGCACAGAGAUCACAUGAUUUUAUGGAGAAUUGUGAUCUUCCUCAGCCUCAGAACAAUUUUGUUAAACAAGACCGCGACGUGGAUGUUGACAGUAAGAUUUAUGCUUCUUCUAUGGGUCCGAAAGCUGGAAGUAUGCGCCAACAGAAUACGAAUAUUCAUAAACGUGGCAAUCUUUCAUUUGAACGCCCGUCACAGUUAGAUGCUGAAGGGAAGUUGCAGCUUCACACUUGCAAGUCAUCAAGUUUGAAGAACAGUGACACCGCUAGCCAAAAGGUUGUGCGUGAAAUGAGCACAUCUGGAGAUGAUGAAAGCAAGGCCCAACUACUAAAAGCACUUCGUCAUUCUCAAACGCGUGCUAGGGAAGCUGAGAAUGCGGCAAAGCAAGCCUUUGCGGAGAAGGAGCACGUUGUUCAGCUGGUCUUUAGACAAGCAUCACAACUUUUUGCCUACAAGCAAUGGUUCCAGCUACUGCAACUAGAGAACUUCUACUUCCAGAUUAAAAGCAACAAAAAACAGCCAAUAUCUGCCAUGUUACCAGUAAUGUUACCGAGGGUGCCCAAGAAAACUAAGAGACCGCAGAAGAAGUCUGCUAGGGUGAAAAGAGCCAAACGUGGUCGUCCCAAGUAUGACUUGAGCAGAUAUGCAGUUGUUUUUGCAUUAGGUUUGGGUCUUGUUGGUGCAGGUUUGCUUCUUGGGUGGACAGUCGGGUGGAUGGUACCGACGUUCUGAGCUGUGUAGAUUGUAUCCAAUUUUUUUUUUUUAAAUAGUAGUUUUGUAAAGAUUGGUUUACAUGGGAGUUGAGUGGGUGGUUGUGUCUAUGUAUGUUAGUUGUAUGAUCAUUUCUCCAUUUCCUUUGGUCUCAGCUUUUAGUACUUGAAUUGAAAUGGAAUCAUGUGCUUGAAGACUAGCAAGCAUGUAUAUAAUAUUAGGCAGAAUUAUGUUUUUUCCUCACCAAAAUUAGACUCUUUUGUAUUGUCAUGAUUAAUGGAUUUGUUGGAGUUGUUAAUUAUUACUAUCA